UAUUUUUAUCAGGUUUCUGAUAAACAGCUGACGCCGAAGUCGGGACUAACCACCCCCCUUCAGUAGGUCUGGCCGGCAGCCAGCGCUCACAUCCUGAAAACAACCGGAGCGUCCUGCACUGCUCCGGGGUCAGCGGGGGGGACAGCGGGGGUCUACCUGUUAACUACCUGGUUUAAGUCCCUGUAGUUGGGGGGUCACGAGCGGCAGCCGCCCCACACAGCGGUUCCUCGGUUCCUUCAGCAACAAGCCGCCACACCCCGUCACCGGUCCGCGGGGCCCGGCCGCCUCCCGGGGCUCGGGCGGUGACGUCACGGGGAGCUUUAAGUACCGGUCCGUCGGUGCGUCGGUGCAGAGCGCGGACCAGCCAGCAUGAAGAGCGCGAGGACCCUGCGGCAGCUCGUGGCCGCGUCCACACGGAGUCUUCAUCAGCAUCGCGGGCCGUCAGUGGGGCUCGUCGGAGCACCUUUCUCCAAGGGACAGCCUCGAGAGGGAGUGGAGAGAGGCCCGGACCUGAUCAGGGCUGCAGGACUGCUGCAGAAACUGCAGGACCAAGGCUGUGCAGUGAAGGAUUAUGGGAACCUGACGUUCGAGGAAGUGGCGGACGAUGAGCCGGUGGGUAAUGUGAAACGUCCGCGGGCGGUGGGCAAAGCCAACCAGAGGCUGUCAAAGGCAGUGCAGGCUGUGAAGAUGGACGGACACACCUCAGUGAUGCUGGGUGGAGACCACAGUCUGGCGAUUGGUUCGAUCCACGGUCACUCUGCGGCGGUCGGGGAGCUGAGCAUCGUGUGGGUCGACGCCCACGCCGACAUCAACACACCGCUGACCUCGUCCACCGGAAACCUCCACGGGCAGCCCAUGUCUUUCCUGCUCCACGAGCUGCAGUCAAAGAUUCCUGACUUGCCAAACUUCUCCUGGAUCAAGCCGUGUGUGUGGGCCAGAGAUCUCGUCUACAUCGGUCUGAGGGACGUGGAUCCAGGGGAGCAUUACAUCCUGAAGCUGCUGGGUGUGAAGGUGUUUUCCAUGACGGAGGUGGAUCAACUCGGUAUAGGCAGAGUCAUGGAGGAGACGUGUGACUACAUCUCUGCCAAGAAGAAACCGAUCCACCUCAGCUACGAUGUCGAUGCCAUCGAUCCCUCUGUUACCCCGGCAACUGGGACACCUGUAGUCGGAGGGCUCACCUACAGAGAUGGCGCCUACAUCACUGAACAAAUCUGUCAGACUGGUCUUCUGUCGGCGGUGGACAUGGUGGAGGUGAAUCCUCUGAGGGUUCAGACCGACGAGGGCAUCCAGUCCACAGUCAGCACGGCGGUGGACCUGUUGCUCGGCUGUUUCGGACGCCUCCGUGAGGGAAACCACCCAAAGGAUUACCGCCUGCCCGAGCCUUGAUGCCGCCGGCCUCUCCGACUGCGAUGAUGGACCCAUAAACGUCUCUGAUCACCAGCAGCAACUGAACAGAGAAGCAGAUUUUUACUUCUGAAUUUUAAACUUUAACAUCCAGAGUACCUGUAACGUCACAUCACAUAAAAUAAAAAUAAUCAACGUUAUGCACUUGUUUACCAAACUGUCUGAUCUAUGAAGCUUCUUCCUGUGGUAUUUAAAAAAAAAGCACUAAUUAUGUCAUUUAUUGAUUAAUCUACUGUAUACUUCUUUGUGGUGAAUUCUUGAGCCUAUAAAGUGUCAGAAAGUAGUAAAUAAAAUCCAAAAGUGA